AUGUAUCUAUCUAUCUAUCUAUCUAUCUAUCUAUCUCAAUCUGUUCAAAUCUGUCUAUCUCUAUCUCAAUCUGUUUUUAUCUAUCUAUCUAUCUAUCUAUCUAUCUCAGUCUGUUCAUAUCCAUCUAUACAUUUCAAUCUGUUUACAUCUAUCUAUCCAUCUCUCUAUCUAACUAUCAUUCUAUCUGGUUUAUUCAUAUAUAUCUAUCUCAGUUUGUUCAUAACUAUCUAUCUGGUGUAUUCAUAUCUAUCUAUCUAUCUCAUUCCGCCUUGUGCCACAUUCGAUCCCCGUGGGUGGAUUGAUAAAUACCAUCUAUCCGUGUUUGCUAUUCUAACUAUCUAUCUAUCUAUCUAUCUAUCUAUCUAUCUAUCUAUCUCAGCCUGUUCAUAUCUAUCUAUCUAUCUAUCUAUAUCAUGUUGUUCACAAAGAGACGUGUGGCGAUGUCAUGUUAAGUUUCAUCACUGA